CUGGUCCUCUUCACAGCGGAGCCGGAGACUGAGCUUAUUUGUUGGCAUGUCUGCGAUAACUUCCAGGGAUAAAGACUUUCCCUGGGUAAUUUCUAUUCAUUUUUUCUCAAGUGAUCGGGCGCUGCUGUUUCUCCAUCUGAGCCAGGAACACGUUUGCUGAAUUUCUGGACAACCUCGCACUGAGUGUGGAGAGUAAACCGAGAGAAUUCCGCUGGAUGGAAGUUUACAUGUUCAAAGGGACCGAGUGGCAUCAUUUUACAGAAGUAAGAUGCCCUGAUUUAGCGUUUUUGAAGGUUCAUUCGGCGCUGCUACAAAUAAAUGAAGUGAAUAUCUGAGAAAUGCUCUCCACAUGACAGAGCGCGUUUAUGUCGCUCCUAACUUGCUGCACUUAAAACCAACCGUGGUCUAGGCUAAUCUACUUUGAAGUUCACUGAACGUCUUUUCUAGUAACCUGUAGCCUGAGAUCUGUAUUGGAGUAAUCGAGUUGGAUUAUUUUGAUUUAUUGAGGGUUGCAUUAACAGCUGAGCUGAUUGAAAUCAGCCAUCUUUUGAAAGUUUUCAACUUUGGGUACCAGUCAUGGGUAUGCGGCUACAGUAGGUAGUUGGUUUGUUUCAGCUGUGUUUUUCCUGAAGUUAAACUUGUAAAUAUGACGGGGGAAGCCGUGUGGAGGGUCAUUUUUAUGUAUUGCUUGGCGUUGGCUGUGUUUGUGUCAGACUGCAGCACAUCUGAUGGUAAACAGGCUGGUCUGAGUCUCAACAAAGCUCGGCUUCUGUCAGCCUCCUUGUCAAGACAGAGAACUCUCUCCCGGGCAGCUUGGCCAGAAGUUAAUGAGAAACCAGAAGAAAUGCAGAAAGAUGAAGCCAGCACUAGUCAAAACAGAAGGGUGUUGAGCCGGAUGAGAGGCAGGCAGGGUGGGUUGGGAAACCUCCAGAAGGAUGGUGAUGUGCCUGGGGCACGGGCUGCCUUGUCCCGCAUACCCAGCUCUGCUGGAUCCCCCAAUCUGCUCGCCACGUUUGCAGGGAAAAAUCGCCUACUUUUCAUCUCAGCCCCUCAUGAAUCAGAUGGCUAUUACAGGCUAAUGAUGAGCCUGCUCAAGCCAGAUGUGUACUGUGAGCUGGCUGAACGACAUGUGCACCAGAUUGUGAUGUUUCACCAGGAGGGUGAGAUGGGUGGGAAAAUCAGACGCAUUACCAAUGUGGGCAAAGUGAUGGAGGAGCCUCUGGAUACAACAGUCAUCCCCCGACUCAUGAACUUCCUCAAGUUAGAAAAAGGGAAGUUUGGUAUGGUGCUCUUGAAAAAGACACUGCAGGUAGAGGAACGCUACCCAUACCCAGUGAGGUUGGAGGCCAUGUAUGAGGUCAUAGACCAGUCACCCAUGCGAAAGAUGGAGAAGGUUAGACAGAAGGGCUUUGUGCAGAAGUGUAAGGAGGCAGGGGUGGAGGGUCAAGUGGCUGAGGGCAUCCCCAGCACUGGAACUCAGGUGAACACACCAAUUGUGAGAAGACCAGAGAGAAAAGAGGAAUCCAACAGAACACCCAACCAAGUCACCACCACAUCAUCUACUACUACAAGACCUACUAUUACUACCAAAACUACCACAACAACUACAACCACCACCACCAGGCCCCCUACCACUAAUCCUACAACAACCAUCCGCCUUACUACUAGUUCCACACAGGCCACCACCAUCACUCAGAGGACAACAAAAGCUCAAAUGACCCCACAAUGGGACCCCAAAUCCAAGACCAAGAAUUAUCAUUAUAACAGGGACCAGUCAAAGAAAAACACUAUUCAACCAACUACCCCCACUUACUUCUAUACCAAAGCCCACAUGGCCAAAAAUGGAGACAAUCAUACUGUCCGAAAAGACCACACUCGCAAACAACCUGGUAUCCUGCCAAGUCAACACAAGCCAAGCAAAUCUAAGCCACCUAAGAAAAAGAAUGGAGAUGGUAGUCUGAGUAAUGCAUAUGAAGAUAAGUAUGAUGUUGGCAAACCUACAGACACUUACCCAGUGGAAAAAGAGAUUGAGGACAUUCCCAUCAAGAAAGUCAAGGACAAGCAGAACAAAGCUGAGAAAAAGAAGAAAAAGGACAAAUCAGAAAAGCUGCCAAAGAAGGAGAAGUCAAAAAGGAAAGGGAAGGAAGAUGGACGAAAAUCAGAAAGGACAGAUAAGGAAGAGAGGAUGGGAAAAAAUAUGGACAAGAAGAUUGAAAAAGAAAUAAAGGACUACCAGAAGCCUACAAAGAAACCACCACCUCCUACGAAGGGAGCUCUGGCAACAUUUUUGGAAUAUUUUGAAAACAGAAGACGGUUAAUUCUGAUUACUGCUCCAACAGAGGAGAACAGCAUGUAUGUGCAGCAGAGGGAUGAAUACCUAGAACAUGUGUGUGAAAUGGCUAUCAGGAAGGUCUCUAUUAUCACCAUCUUUGGCACACUGACCAACAGCACCAUGAAAAUUGAUCAUUACCAGCUUGAAAAUGACAAACCUAUGAAGGGCCUGCAGCAGGAGGAUCUGGAGAACCAGGAGCUCAUCACAGAUCUGAGGAAAGAGUUCAGAAUGACCUACAAUGAUUUCUAUAUGGUGCUUACUGAUAUGGACAUCAAAUGGAAACAAGUUUAUGAGGUCCCAGUUGCCAUGAAGGCUGUAUUUGGCUACAUCGACACAUUCUCCUCUCGCAUCAGAGAAAUGGAGCAACAAAAGCGAGAUGGAGUGACAUGUAAAAAGGAAGACAAGCCACGAUCAUUGGAGAACUUCUUGUCCAGGUUCCGGUGGAGACGCAGACUGUUUGUGAUAUCUGCUCCCAAUGAUGAAGAGUGGGCCUAUCAGCAGCAGCUCUAUGCCCUGUCCAGUCAGGCAUGCAACCUGGGGCUUCGUCAUAUUUCUGUUUUAAAGCUGCUGGGGACUGAAAAGAUAGACAUGGGUGGAGUGUUGGAGCUCUACCCCAUUAAUGGCAGUGCGACAGUGGACCGUGAGGGCUUGUCGGCAACACUGGUGAGGGACAUCAGGAAUUACUUCCAGAUCAGCCCUGAAUAUUUCUCCAUGUUGCUGGUGGGCAAGGAUGGUAAUGUGAAGUCAUGGUAUCCAUCACCGAUGUGGUCAAUGGCCAACAUUUAUGACCUGAUCGACUCCAUGCAGCUGCGUAGGCAGGAGAUGGCCAUCCAGCAGAGCCUGGGCAUGCGCUGCCCUGAGGACGAGUAUGGUUCCUAUGGCUACCACCAUGGUUACCACAACGGCUAUCACGAGGGAUAUCACGAAGGAUAUGGUUACUAAAGGCUAUAAGUCAGUCUGUGAGCCAGCCAAAAGGGGCUGUAUUUGCCAGUGGACUGAAUUUUAGUGUCAGAGGUCACACACCAUACUUCCUCUUUUUAAACAGUUGUUUUUUUCAUUAAUCAUUUGAAUUUAAACCUGUAUUAUUUCUUAUAUAGGGUUAUCAUCUCUCCAUGCCUGAGGAUAUAGUGUUUUACAGCCAAUGGCAUAAAUGUUUGUAUUAUUUUCUGGAUGAAGUGAUCGUUUUCAGGGUCACAGCUUGGUUUUUGGUAACGGAAACUGAGUUGGAUUUUUGUUACUCUGCUGUAAAUCACUGUUACAUAUAAACACUGUGUCCUUAUUUAUAAUGAUGUUAAUAAAAAUAACUUUAGGUUAUUAACACUCUACAGUAAGGUUUACAUUCUGCUUACUACAUCACCCCCUGAUGGUUUGUAUUAGUUUAGCUGGUCAUGUGGGUUACUCCGGAUUGCUGAGUCUGCAUGCAAAAGGUUUUCAGACACCAACUUUUAUGUCUCCUUUCCUGCAUUCAAGCUCUAGGCUUUUUAAAGCCAUAUGUGACUAUAUGUUCCCUUCCUGUUCUCAUGCCUUAAGAAUAAGUCUUAUUAAAGUACACCUAUUACGCUUUUUAAA